AUGAAGAUCAAAGCAGCAAAAUCCAGAUCUCUCGUCAUAAAGAAAGCACAGACGGCAGAGAGGUUCAAACUCUACGUACAGAACGAAGAGAUUACUUCCAUAGUGAAGAGUUUAAUAGAAUGCCUGGGCAAGUGGUUUGAUGCAAGCUUACAAGAUCGCGACAUUAUCAAGAAGUUAAAGCAACAGGUAGAGGAGGGUCUCAAGAAAAUAGACCGCUUCGGAUCGCCCGAAGAGUUCAAGACAGCGAAAGCAAGACUUUUGUUGACCUUAAGGGACUCUCCGGACGAAUUCAUCCGUGAGGCAGGGAUCGAAACCCGAACGAGCAGGAAAUGGUCAGCGACUGUGAGCCAGGCAGAGAACGCGCUCAAGCACAAAGACAUUGUCGGAGUGCUGUUCGACGUGAAUGAAUCGUUGCGAGAAAGGUGUUACUGUGGAGCCGAUCAGACCAGAAAGAGAGGCGAGCUAUCAUCCAGUCUGAGGAGGGGGACACCCCCUCCCGCACCUACCCCCUACUCGCAGCUUCGCUGCUCGAUCCACAAGAGGAGCAGCGGUGAGCUGCAGAAGGUUGACUGGCAUGACCACAAACAGAUAGCGGCAGACGAGGCUCGGGUAGGGCCUGGGGAGCAGGGCGCGGCCGUCAUACUGAGUCCCGAAGAGGAGUCCAAGAAGGACGACCUUUACAAGGUCAACGGAUUCAACGCCUUCGCCAGUGAUAUGAUAUCACUGCAGAGAUCCAUUAAGGACAUACGGCAUCCAGACUGUAAGGCCAAGAAGUACUGGAACAAGCUGCCUAACUGCAGUAUUGUAGUCCCAUUCCACAAUGAGCACUGGACGACUCUCCUGCGUCUCACCUACAGCGUCAUCAACAGGGCUCCUAAGGAGCUCCUACAUGAAGUCAUUCUGGUCGAUGACUUUAGCACGAAACCAUUCCUUAAAGAAGAGCUGGACAACUAUAUGAAGGAGCAUUUUCCGGGCCGUGUCAAAGUUGUGCAUGCUGAACGAAGAGAGGGCCUCAUUCGUACUAGAAUUCUCGGGGCAAAGCACGCAACAGGGGAUGUGAUUCUCUUCCUUGAUUCACAUGUGGAGGCAAAUGUGAAUUUUCUGCCGCCAUUGUUAGAUCCAAUAGCGGAGGACUAUCGGACCGUGGUGUGCCCGUUCAUCGAUAUCAUAGACUAUGAGAACUUCAACUACAGACGCCAAGACGAGGGGGCCAGGGGGGCCUUUGACUGGAAGUUCUUUUAUAAACGCCUGCCCCUUCUACCGGAGGAUCUGCAACACCCCACUGAACCUUUCAAUUCUCAAGUGAUGGCUGGUGGUCUGUUUGCGAUCAGCAGGAAGUGGUUUUGGGAGCUGGGAGGUUAUGACCCCGGCCUUGACAUCUGGGGUGGUGAACAGUACGAGCUCUCUUUUAAGAUUUGGCAGUGCGGUGGUAAGAUGGUUGAUGCCCCCUGUUCUCGGAUUGGUCACAUUUAUCGCAAGUUUGCACCAUUCCCAAAUCCCGGUGUUGGAGACUUCGUGGGCAGGAACUACAAACGUGUGGCUGAAGUGUGGAUGGACGAAUAUGCGGAGUACCUGUACCAACAUCGACCACAUUACCGUAGCAUCCAGCCUGGGGACCUCACUGAACAGAAGGCAAUGAGAAUUAGACUCAACUGCAAACCUUUCAAAUGGUUCAUGGAGGAGAUAGCAUUUGACCUUGUCAAGGUUUACCCACCCGUGAAACCAAAACCUUUUGCAAGAGGAGAAUUCAGAAAUAGGGAUGCAGAUAUGUGCAUUGAUACCAAGUACGGCCGUGGAGGAAGCAAUAUACACCUUGAUAAGUGUAUCUCCGACUCGAAUGGCGGCGGAGAGCAGAAUUUAGAAUUUUCGUGGCAUAAGGAUAUAAGGCCAUCUAAAAGGACAGUGUGUUUCGAUGUUUCAAUAUCCGUGGCCAAGGCUCCUGUUAUUUUAUACCACUGCCAUGGUAUGGGAGGCAAUCAACGAUUUAAGUUCAACAUUAACACCCAGCAGAUUUACCAUCCCAUGUCAAAUCAGUGCCUUGACUGUGACACUGGGAGCCAUGAGCUCUUCAUGAACCCGUGUGAUGAACACAAGAAGACACAGCAAUGGAUCAUAACCAAUGUCAACCAGACUGCUAUUAAGAUUGAAUGGGAUCUACGAAAGUAGCAUUUAGUCGUAGUGGAAGUAUAUAUUCAAAUUGUUUCAAAGUUUCCAAAAAGUUUUUUAUGGCUGUUUUAUAUUUGAUUGGUCUGGCAAACAUGAUAGUAAACAGUGUCUUAUAACUUUCUCACUUACACAUAAGGGAUUCAAACCAUGUAAAAAUGUAUUGGUUGCUGUACUAUUACUAUUGUGUACCUUCAAUUUUCGAUAUUAAUGAUACCAUUAUUAUGCAGAUCGACGAACAGAUUGAAAGAUAACUGUAUGCAGCUUACACUUACAAUGUGUUGAUUUUGACCCUUGAAGAAAAUCAUCUGUAUCUUUGUUGCUCAUAUUUGAGGUAUUCCAAAUCAGUAUUGUAACAAAGUAUUGACAUUAAACACAGAAAUAAU